GGAACCUCGGAAGGUCGGAAGAGGAAAGUCAUUCAUGCUGUAAGAUGAGCUGUUCAGGUAUUCCUGCCGUUGUACUCUGUCCCGUAUGUACCAACCCAAGAAAAAGUGGAGCUCUCUCAUCUCUAAUCCUUUAUCCUCAUCUUCAUCUAUAAUCUCCCACUUCCUCGGGCUCUCUUUAUCCACCCCCUCCUCAUUCUUGAGCCCCUCCUCACCUUAUCGCACUGCCGCCCGCUCUCUUGUCUAACUAAACCGUUUCGGUUGCGAUGUUUGACCUCUUGGGUCACCAUGCCUAUUUUUCAAGAUCCCGAUCGUCAACAGUUCUAUGACUUGUGGUCGGAUGACCGGCCGAUAACGCUUCAUGAACGUCGAAAUGACCCCUGCUGCUGGGUAGAUUAUCAUGAAGUGCAUAGCGGCCUGGAACCGCCCGAGCAGAGUGGCAAUCUUCUUGACGACCGUCCUCCGUUAGAUCUGGACCUAACACGAUUGCGUGCACAUGAUCGGGAGGAAUUAAUCCAUUAUAUCAAGAGUGCAGAACCCUCCAAACGCUCCUCCCAACGUUCGUUUGGAGACAGUGCCGGUCACUACUGCGAACCCAAUCCACGAGAAGAAAGUCCAGGAACGAGAGAACAGAACCCCAAAGGAAGCCCCUCGGAAGACCGCCAUCACGCUGAACAGGAGCUCGCAUCGCCAGCGGAAAUAGAGCGUCCUCGCUCCGCCCUCCAUUCUGGUGAUUUUCGAGAAGGGACUCCUCAACUCCAACAACCACCUCCCCUACCACAAUCGCCCAUCCCUCGGUCCAAUGAUACCCCCCGGUUUUCUCUGCUAGGAUCCUCCCCAACCACGCCAUGGUUCACUGCCCCGUCUUUUCCUUUACGGACCCAGACAGCACCAGGACGGACUUUAGGUCACCAAGUCGCCGAGGCAAACAGCCCCCGAUCUCCAUCAAUCAGUUCAUUUUCCUCCAGUUAUGUCUUGAAGGCUCCCACGAGUCCUUUAGUCCACCAAGCAAAUAAUACCGACUUGGACUUCUCCCCCAGAACAGACUCCAACAAUCACCCCAACUUCUUAGACAAGGCUAAUCGUCGGCGCACUUUGCCUCCGGAAACCUUCAGAAACCUGCAAUCAUUUUCCUCCCAAGCCCAGGCGCCAGAAUCUCAUUCGGUGCACUGGAACGCCCCUAUUGCUUGUCAACCUCGUCACCCUCGACGAUCGUUAACGUCGGCGUACACCCUCCAGCUUGCGUCGUCCUUCCAAACCUCGUUACCUCGCCCGCGAAGACCCUCGUUCGCCUCCGAUUUGUCUUCCAGAGCCCAUGCACCGAUGGUUGGUCCAUACGAGGAGUCAAUCCUUCGCGGAAGGAUGUCAAUGAAUCCCUCGAAGCCGCUAGACUUCACAGCCCAAAUCGGGGUGCUGGGGAAAGGCAAAUGCAAAGCCAGUCUCAAGUGUCCCCCACAUGCCACCGUUCCAUUUCCUGCGGUCUUCUACAGCUACCCUACCUCCGGGCCGGGACGUUCCAUCUCAGAUGACAGCCCUAGCCCGUAUGUUGGUUUGAUCGAUCUUGAAAACUCCCUUCCUCGGGACACCUCGAGCCACAGUCGACGUCGCAGGCGCCAUCAAAGCCCGGUGGGACCUCGUUCUGAUCAACCUACAGACAACAUCCAUUCUAAGGCAAACGAUCAAGAUGCUCUGCGCAGACGGGAGAAGAGGCAGAGACGGGCAGAGUCACCCAAAUGCCCUCCCGGUGGAUCUUACCGCAUACCGCAACAAGGCCAGCUGCAGGUUAUGAUCAAAAACCCGAACAAGACGGCCGUAAAAUUAUUCCUCGUUCCUUACGAUCUAAGUGAUAUGGAACCUGGAAGCAAGACAUUCAUCCGACAAAGAAGUUACUCGGCAGGUCCAACCAUCGACAUGCCACUGUCUGCACGAACCAAUUAUGGAACCGAUCGUCCAGAAGCCUCUUUAACCAACUCCGAAGACCCUCAAGACAAACCGGUUCUUCGAUAUUUAAUUCAUUUGAAUAUCUGCUGCCCUUCCAAGGGCCGCUAUUAUCUCCAUUCGAGCAUCCGCGUUGUAUUUGCGAACCGCGUACCAGACGGAAAGGAAAAGCUCCGUAAUGAAAUCCAGCUCCCGGAGCCACGAUACUCAUCCUAUAAGCCGUCUCGAGAGCAACACCCUCUCCAUGUGAGCACAAAGUGCGGAGCAGACCAAGGAUCCCGAAGACCAGACAUCAGGCAAGACCUUAUUAUGACUGGCACAUCCCCGAGUGAGAACCCUUCGAAUGGCCUACCUUUUGGGGAUUCCAAUGCCAUCUCCAGAAAACUGUUCGCAAUCCCUAGCCCUAUACAAAGAAGAAUGUCUCCUGCACAGGAAAAUCUUUCUCCGGCCGAACGGCCGGCCCACCACCCCUUUCAACCGAUUCCGUCCAUCCGGAACGAUCUUUUUAGAUUACAUGACAGCGAGCCCACUGACGGGCGGCCUACCGAACCCGAGCUAUAUAAUAAGCUUAGUAAAGGGGACCUUGGGUACGGUGGUUACCAGUUCGGAUCCUCUGGCAGUUCUGAAGUAGGAGAAAGCCUGCUCGCCAAACGACUUCGGGGACUCGAUGUCCAUAAUCAAGAUUAUACAGAUAAUCCCUCCUGACGUGGGCAGAGCCACCCUCUCUCUCCCAAUACUUUUGACAUUCAUCUUCAUGCCACAGCAACUGGUAAAACUGCUUACAGUUUCAU